AUGGAGCAGCUGAUCAGCCACAUGGGUGACGCAGGCAAGGGGUCUCCACAGCAUGCGCUGCGCAGCUUCGAUAGCGACAGCGACGGCAUCGCAGCGCAUGGCGAGUUCAUGGAUGGCCUCGGGAAGCUGCCACAACCUGUGAAGGGCGAAGCCGCGGAGGGCGUCUUCCAAAGCUUGGACCUGAACAAGGAUGGUAUGGUGACAGGCCAGGAGUUCGCCAAUGCAUUCAACCAGAAGCACUAUGUGCAAGCACAUGGGCCGCGACCAGAGGCCCAGUCUCACCCAAAGCCGGACAACGGGCGCAAGAGGGAGGUCCUGAAGGACUUGGGUCUUUCGCAGGCGCCGCUCACCAUUACCCAGUUCGCGCAGGGCAUGGGCUCCGUCACUCCCGAGACCGCCUUCAAAGCUCUGGAUGCGGAUCAGAAUGGAGAGAUCUCAGAGAGCGAGAUGGUGAGGUUCGCCAAGGCAUUCCUGCCGCCCCUCACAGAGAAGCAGGCGCGCUAUGCCCAGAAAGGAUUGGAUGUUAACGGUGAUCGGCGUGUUGUCCCUCAGGAGAUGUAUGACACGUUGAAAUUUGGAGAGUUUUUCCCGACAGAGGAUCAGGCUGGAGAUGCAGGGAGCUCCAAGAAGUUCCUCUGUGGAAGCUACUGGUACUGCAUGACCAAGACCCGAAGCAUCAACCAAAUGCAUGAGUCCAUGGGGCGCAAGGCAAUCAUGGAAGGCUGCCAGUUUCAACGGAGCGGAUCAGACUUGUACGUGUGGGGCUGUGGACAAAGGGCGAGCAACGGCAUCAAGUUUGCCUGCAACGGCCGAUCUGCAGCAGACUCCAAGUUCGUGGAGACUGGAUUAUCCACGGGAUCUGCAGUGAUCGCCCGCCUGAACAUGAGCGGGCCGGCACAGUAUAUUUACGGAGCAGUGACCUCUACAAAUCCAUUGGCUGUUCUGGGCUGCGACGGCAAGUCGUACGACGCCACAGCCCUUUCGUGGGUUGCAGCUGCGAAAGACGAUGGAUGGCUGGCACCAUAUGGCAAGGAGUGGCAGCAGGCCGGUCGGCGCAUCUUUCUAAGGCUCUUGAAAGACGACGAGUGGGUCUCAGCCAUCGUCGGCACCCGGCAGCCCGAGGAUGCCGACAGCUAUCUGCCACUGCAAGGCGUAGACGGUCUUGCUGGGGUCGAUGUGCCACAAGAUGUCGGCAUGCUCUUCACGCCGCAUGAGGAGUGCCAGGAAGAGUUCGCAGGGCUUCAACCAGGCCGUGGUGGCUGUCUUGUGGAUCAUCUCUCGAAGGCAUUCGUGCUGUCCGAGCACAAAACCACCCAACGACUGCGAUGGGUUCAGAAAUGCCGGGAGGAGCCGCAAUACCCAAUGCGCUGUGUCUUCGUCCACCCCAGUAUUAAGAAUCUGGGCCUCAGCGAGUUCGUGAAGCGCUGCUACGAGAAGCGGAUAGAAUGCAAUGGCAACAUCCCCGCUCCGGAAAUAGUCAUGCUGCUGGGGCCACCGGCCGCGGGCAAAAGCUCCAUCCAGCGUUUGCCACCCGAGCAGGUUCCGCACGCUGUGAGAAAUACUGCCCACUCCCUAAAAUACAGGGAGGAGGUCAACAAUGACAAUCUUUGCGACUGCAUGCCGGGCUUCCGCGAGCAGUUCAGCGUAGCAGUGGGCCUUCCCAAAGAACACCAGGCCGGAGGAGCCCUCUGGAAAAGGAUGAUGCGCCUGGCUCAGAAGGACACGGCAUCAAUGGACUUGGAUUGGGCGGUCAAAGCCCUGAGAGGCAAGUCGACUGAGUACAAGAGCGCCAUCGCGUGGGCAAUGCAAUGGCUCACCUAUGCGAUGUUUCAUCACGGGCCUGUCAGAGAUUCCCUGGCAUGGGACGUCAUCAAGGUCACAAUUGUUGACGCUCCCGAGCUCGCCGUGUACUACUCGUCGGUGAUGGCAGGGGCCGCUAUCGACCGAACAAUGCAGAUCCUGGAGUUGGCACACUCAAGUGUCACGCCCGUCGCUCACAUGCCGCUCCGAGUGGUGGGUUUCUGGCCAUAUGCCAGCCAGGAAGCACGGCAUGCCCGACAACAGAACCGGCAUCGCCAGGAACGUGAAAACAAAAGACUUCUUGGUGGCAAUGUGGACGCCAACCUAGUGAAUCUGCAUUUCCAUGCCCAGCAGGCGGAGUCGAACAUCUCCCGGCGCCUGCUCAGCAUUGGAGAGCCUCCGCAUGUGAAGGGAAGAGCAGCUUUGCUUCGCUGGUUUCUUCGUUUCUACCAGCCUUAA